AUAUAGUACCAUUCGUUGAGCUCGUUACGUUCUGACAUUUUCUAUUGUUAAAGAAACAGAUAAAUCAUGAAGGCUUUCCUGGUCUGCGCCCUGCUCGCCACUGUCGCCUCUGUGAGCUUUGCUCAUCAUCUCGAUCUCUGCGAAAAGAAUGAUGAGCAAUUGAAGACAGAGCUUGACUGUAUCCGCGGCAAGCUUUCGGAAGAGGCAAAAAAAAGUUUUGACGAGGCCCAGAAGGCUCUCGGCUGCACGGACUGGAGCUGCGUCAUCAAAAUGCUGUGCAAGGACGGUGACCUGAUGGAGAAUCUGAAGAAAUAUUUCACCGACGAUCAAAUCACGGAAAUUCACAACGCUGCCACCGCAUGCGAUCCCGACGCAGAGACCGAAGGCGGCCACUGAAAGCUGACAGCUCACAUAUUCAAGAACAGUUCCUGCAUACAGACAUCCAGAUAGACUGAUUUCAGGACCGCGUUCUGGAUAGUCGCAUAUGCUUGAAUAUUUUUUUUUUGCAAUGAGCAAAAAUAAACACAGUUUUCCGUGAAA